UAGUAUUUCCGGUGCACCAAUGAAGGGUGGUGCAGUUCCGUCUCCGAGUGGAUUUAAAUUGCAGGUUAAAGGCGGCAGAGCUUCUUGGAAGAAUUCACAUUCGGUUAGGUAACAUGAAGAAUAUAUACUGAGAACAAACUAGGCUUCUCGAUCAGCAUUAAGCUGCAGCUCUUGUGUUGCACCAUGACCCAGGAGGUGCAGGAUGAGUUGAGAGAGCCUGGAGAGUGCCCAGGCCUGGAUGCUGGCUGUCCAGGAGAGAUUGAAAGUCAAUGACAAUACCCAAGGCCCCAGGGCAGCCCUGGAAGCGAGGCUGAGAGAAACAGAGAAAAUCUGGGAGUCGGAGCAUGACGGCAAAAUUAAGAUGGAUAUUGUGUAUGUGGCAGGAGAGGCUAUUCUGCAGUGCAGUGAUGAGGACCAGAAGCACAAAACACUUUCCCAAUUAAAAGAAAUAAAAUCACUAUGGGAAGAAACAUGUACAUACAUCAUCCACUGUCACAGAUAAUUCAGAACGAUUUAGAUGAAUUUGAAGCUCGCAGUCGACAGCUGGAGAGUUUGGCUUCCUCAAACCCCGCCUGCAAAACUCAAAUCGGCCAGCUGUCAGCUGACUGGAAAGCACUUAAUAGAUCCUUAAAGAUUAAACUUCAGGCAAGUGAACAUGCUAUUUAUGAGCAUAAAUGUUGUCAUGGGGACAUGCUGAACCUGGAACAUUGGUUGAUGGAAACCAAACAGAAACUGGAGUUGUUUCGGAGUUCAGAUGGGGAGUGGAACAUUGAGAACCACCAAGCUGAGGUUCAGGAAUUGCUUGCCGAGUUCUCUGAGAAGGAUAUCCAGCUUCACCAGGUUGAGUCUCAAGGAGAUGCUGUGCUGACAAAAACAUCUUCUGAGGGCAGAGUGCACAUACAGAGAGACCUGGAGCAGCUGAGGGAAUUAAGGGCUUCCCUGCUGAGCAGUAUCACCAGGCAAGAUAUGAUGCUGUGUUUCAGAUGGCAGUGUUUAAAUGACAGAAGUCUUGGUUUAUUUGUGAUAUACUCAAGUUCUAUUAAUUCUAGUCAGUGUUUUUGUUUUUUUCCUUUCCCCUUUUAGACUGCAGGCCUUAAUAUGUGGCAUAUCUAAUCUUUUGAGAUAUUAAAUUAAACUGAAAGGAGUCAUUGAUUUGGACAUUUAGGCUUUACAAUAUUAUGGUGCUGGUAGUUGAAGCCUGUAAAAAGCCCCUGGUUUCCAUUAAUAUCUACUGUGUUUCAAAUCUUUUCUGCGUCUACAGCUUGCAAAGCAAAAUCCAAGCUGGUGGGGGUAACAAACUCAGAAUUGAAGUAACUGAUCUCGAAGCUGAAGAAGGAAAUGUUUUCAGAGGUGAAGGGUAUUAUGACUCGAUGUGGAAGUAAUGAACUCCGAGUUAAUAGUCAGUGCUGGAGAUGUACCUGAUUUCAGACGGGAAGGACAUUAUGACCGAGAUGAAGGUGGUAUCGAUUCCAAUGAAGUUUAUAAAGUCUGUGUUGCAGGAGAUUAUGAACUUAGUGGCAGUGAACAAGACUUUGAAUACAGAGGUGGAGUUUACACAUUCAAAAGAGAUGAUGAAUUUGACCAACGAAUGAGAGGAACUGAUCUCAAAUCUGAGGGAGGAGGAGGUAUCCAAGCCAGAAAUGAACAAUAUCAAAAAUACAGAAGAAAUGAAUUCCAAAAGCAAGGAAGCAAUGAAGUUCAAGGAAACCUUGGAGUGAAAUUCAGAGGUUCAGGACAAUGCAUCAAAGUGACAACAGACACUCCUGAUGGAUACACCAUGGAUGGUGCACAAGAAACCCAAGGUCGCGGUGACUACCAUAAACUGCAUAAGCAAUUUGAAAAGUGGCUGAGAAGUGAAAACGGCAAACUAACCAAGAUUUUAAUAUGGAAGGAGCCCCUGAGUAGUAAAGAACUGAAAAGCAGGCAACAAGGACUUAAGGAGCUAUGGUCACGCAUCUCUAUAGGGCAGGAUCUGUUUCAGUUUUUGCUGAAGUCAAAAGGAACUAAAAUUGGUGAAGAUGCACACCUGGAGGACCUGCGCUACCAAUGGAUGCUCUAUAAAUCUAAACUGAAAGAUGUUGGGGACCUUAGGAUAACUGCCCAGAGACUUGGACCUCUGGAUGAGCCUAUCAGGAUAGAAAAGAAUCGAUCAGGUUUCGUGUACCGGGUGUGCUGUGCUGCCCUGCCUCUCCAGCUCUUACUGCUCACUCUCUUACUCCUGGCCUUCCUGCUGCCCCUAGUAGACCAAGGAGCCAGCUGCUCUCUGGCCAACAACUUUGCCGGAUCUUUCAGCUUGGUGUUAAGAUACGAUGGACCACCACCAACAUAAUCUUAACUUGCACUGCUAGCGGAUAAUGGAUUGUUUUUCUUAUAAUGUGUACUGACUGACUCAGAGGGCCAGUGCUAACAAAACACAUUGAGGACUUUAAUAGUUUUUACUUUUUAUAGUGUGUUCCUUUGGAGGCCUGUGGCUUGUUUUCCGAGACUUAAAUCAGGGAUUUGCCUCGUUGUUUGAGUUCUUCUGGUGAAAUUUAGUAAGUGUGGGUGUGUGUGAGUGUAAAUAGGCAUUUUUGCCUUAAAUUCCUUUGUAAUGAAUUGUACAAAGGCAAGGCACCCCUCCAGCCUGUUAGUCAGCAGAUUCAAUCUUAAGUGAGGUUAGAACACUUUGGUCCUCAAUCUAGUGGAAUUUCCAGUAGUAUGAGCUUCUUAGCAAUCUGUUUGCUAAACAUCCCUCAAAUAAUGAUAUCCCUAUUAAGAGAUGUUGAAGAGAAUGUUUUGUUCUUAGAAGAAUACAGACAAAUGCAAGUUGUAAAACUUGAAUUCCCAAUGCAAUUGAUGGAGCUUGGGCAGCAGAUACCACUUGAGAAUUGUUAGUCAAACAAUGGGGCAUAAUUGUAAUUAUCAACAUUAUAAAAGCAUCCAUAGGUUGUUUGGGGAGCCACUUAAGUUUUGUUGAGGUUGUUUAUUCAUAAAAUAUAUUGAGCAUAACAUGACAUAGUAUUAUACAUUGUAUUUUUAUAUCGUAGAUGCAAAAAAACUGAACAUGUGUUUGGAUGCUGUAUAAAUCCAUUAUUUGCUGUGUAUCAAUUAAGCCUUAUUUCCAAAAGAGGGGGAUAUGUACUUGAUUGAAAUCAAGUACAUAUAGGCCUUUUUUCAACUGUUACAAAAAGCCAAAGUUGAUUUCUAACUGCACUUAAGUAAUAUUUUACUAAUUAAUCUGUAUAAUUAUUGUACCAAAAAGUACUAUGAAGUAUUCAUAAACGUAGAGCAUUUGUCCAGUUUUUAAAACUGCUGGUGUUAUGUUGAACUGCAAAUCCAAAGACUUUUUAAAAUGAAUAUAGUGAGCAAUCAACGUUGACUUGUUAUUUCAACAACAGAGAGAAACUUCUUUCCCCUACCUGACAGCACAUGGUAGUGAGAACAACUUACUCAAUUACAUUUAAUAAUGAUGUUUGUCCUCUAAUUGUGGACUGUU